AAGUCAUCGAUUGCCUCAUUGAUUUUGCCGGCCUUAUUUCACCGUAACUAAGUCCGACUAGGUCCAGUCUUUACCUGUUUCCGCCUCAGAACAGUGACACUAUCAUCAUCAUCAUCAUCGUUUCACAUAACGAAGUCAUAACAUUGCGGGUCCAGUUGAGUUGACAGCUCGGCUGCAGACAGGGUAGAGGGAGACCUUUCAGUUGUGAAUGCUUAUCAGACGAUUUUUAAGUGGAGUGCAGCGUUUAAUCAUGCCCAAAUACAACGUUGUCUUUGUUCUUGGUGGUCCUGGGGCUGGCAAGGGAACCCAGUGUGCAAAGAUUGUAGAGGAAUUUGGGUAUGUGCAUCUGUCUGCAGGUGAUUUACUUCGUGAAGAAAGGUCAAAACCUGGCAGUGAAUUUGGAGAUCUUAUUGAAGGUCACAUUAAAAAUGGUACUAUUGUACCUGUAGAGAUAACAUGUUCUCUGCUCGAGCGUGCAAUGAAGGAUUCUGGUAAGGAGUCUUUCUUGAUUGAUGGCUUCCCACGUAAUCAAAAUAACUUAGAAGGCUGGAAUAAGGAGAUGGGAGAGAAAGUCAAUCUUAAAUUUGUUUUGUUCUUCAACUGCCCAUUAGAAGUAUGCACACAACGUUGUCUAGAUCGAGGUGCUGCUGGGUCUGGCCGCUCAGAUGACAACAUCGAAUCUUUGAAGAAACGUUUUGAUACGUAUAUGAAUGCCACUAUGCCAAUUAUUGAGCAUUACGAAGGAAUGGGCUUGGUACGCACUCUUGAUGCUGGGAAAACUCCAGAAGAAAUUUUUGAGGAGGUGAAGAAGCUAUUUCAAGAGUGAUUUGUUAAAAUAAUUGUGGUGCCUAUGCAUGUCACUGUUAUCUUAUUAGACCCAGAUAUUACUUGUACAAUAUGGGUGUAUCUUGUUAAGAUAUUGUUGUUCCAUAGGGAUAUGAAGUUUGACAUUAUUAUAGAAUUGAUGUAAAGACAUCAUAUCCAUGUGUUCCAUAUUGUCAUAUUAAUUUUUCUUGUCAUUUUAUGUCUAGUUUUCCUCGGGAAACCUGAGAAAACUGAUAGUUUUAUUUAUUUACCGUGUAGCUUAGCUAGUGAACUCAUUUUUUUAUUUGGAAAAUCACUAACAAGUACAUAUAUACAUAUAUUGCUAUAUUAUGACAAAUUACCCAUUCCACACUAUGCUGAAAUAAAAUGUAAGCUGUGCAGCUGUAACUGUUGUUACUUGUUAACAUUCACCGAAUUCAUGUACUGUAUGUACUCUGUACUCCAGAUGUUACUCGGUAGGUAUAUAAUGGACUAAUGUAAAUUAAUUGAUAAAUUAUGACCAAUUUAUAUUUUUCAGUUGAUUGAAGCACCAUACCUAUUAAUACUAUUGCUAUCAAGUUUUCAUAAGUUUUUAAAAUUUUUUGUAACACCAGAACGUGAGAAUGGUACAAGUUUAAGCUAAUGUUGAAGUGUUCUGUUGUAAAUUUGCUUAUCAUCAUGUUGAUCAUGUGCAUACUUGUGAUUACAAAUGAAGGCCAGUUAUGCUUUUGUCUUGAAUACUGCUUUUUAUAUUUAUUCACUAAAGGAGAGAUGAAUUAAAAAACUGAAUUUAGUUAAAACUGCUAACGAUGGAAUUUUACGUGUAAAAUGUUAAAAUUGUCUUACCUCAUUCAAAAUUUCUGUUAAAUGGCAAAUUUUUAAGUUAAUCUGUACCUAGUUCCCCUAUUACUCUUGAGAAGGUAUAAUUACAGGGAAAAGUACAUUAUGAAAGAUUUUUAAAAUUUUUAAAGACAACAUAGUUGUCAAAUGUAAGUUUUUUAAAUAUGAAGGUGGAAAAAGCUGAAGAAAAAUACUGUGGUGUUAUCAGAUGUCUGAAGAAUAGUUAAUUAAAAAAGAACUGUUACAGGGCAACACCAAUAUCUUGAAGUUCAUUAUAUGACUAUAUAUUAUAUAAUAAUAGUAUUGACAGUAAGGACAUAUUUGGUAAUGUAGUUACUCUAGCAUUGUAGAGAUGUACAAGACUUCAUUAGGAUAUUUAUUAUUUUAGAUGUCUUGAGGUCAAGAAAUGAAGUGAUUACGAUUGGUUUGGUAUUUUGCUCUAUUCAUUAAAAUUAAAUUAUAUGUA